GUACAACCACCGCACCCGCCCUUGGCUGAGGUGCUGUAUUUAGAGGAAUGUCGAACGCAGAUGGCUGCAUAACCACCCUCUUUCGCCUUGCGAGUGGCGCACACUCACGCGAUUGUUUGUACUCCCGAAUCCGGACUCGAAGCUCUUCUGCCUGCCAGUGCGAGCGGUAUUCUUUCCUCAUUCACCCGCGCGCUCGUUCGCGAAAUCUCGCAUUCCAGGGACUAUCAAUUAGGACCACCUACUAUUAGUGCCAUAGUACCGUCAACGCUAAGUUAGCAUCGAAGCGGAUUCAACUAUGGGGCGACCCUGGGUCGCGUUCCUCUGCGUCGCGCUGCUCCUCGUGUCACCAGUCUUGGCUCGUUUCGGGCCCGGAGGAGGCGGCAGAUGGGGCAACGGCCAAGGCGGCGGUAACGGCGGUAACGGUCAGGGCGGUGGUAACGGUUACACCUACGAUUACUCUGGCGACAGCAGCGACGACAGCAGCGACGACAGCAGCGACGAUAGCAGCGGCAGCGACGACUAUUACGGUCCUGGACUUGGCAGCGGCAGAGGAAACGGGGCCGGUGCUGGCGCUGGUGCUGGUGCUGGUGGCGGCGGUGGGUUUGGUCGGGGACCUUGGUGGGCCGAUGACGGUGACGACAGCAGUAACGGUAACGGAAACGGUUACGGAAACGGUAACGGAAACGGUUACGGUAACGGUUACGGAAACGGGCCUCGUUUCUUCAACGGCACGCAUCUGUGCUUCAACGAAUCUGGGCCGUGCUUUAACGCAACGGACGGUUCGGGUCCCUGGUGGCUGGACGAGAACGCUACUGCGCCCUGCUUGAACGGAACCGGGCCAUGCUUUAACGGAUCAGGCGGUUGGGGCGGCAGCGGUCCCUGGUGGCUGGACGAAAACGCUACAGCGCCCUGCUUGAACGGAACCGGGCCGUGCCUUAACGGAUCAGGCGGCUUGGGAGGCAGGGGCCCUUGGUGGCUGGACGAGAACGCUACAGCGCCCUGUUUAAACGGAACCGGGCCGUGCUAUAACGGAUCGGGCCCGUGCGGAAAUGGGACCGUAGUGAACGGAACCGGCGGCCCGUGUUUUGGGGGCGGCAGGGGUCCUUGGUGGGACGACGACGACGAGCAGUCUUAUAGCGAGGAUUAUCCCGGCCCGCCUUUCAACGGAAACGGGGCUUUCAAUAACGGAGCGGGACGAUUUGGAGGGCCGUGGUGGUUGGAUACUAACGCGACGGACGUGGCUCAUCCUUGCUGGAACGAGAGCAGCCCUUGCUAUAACGCGACGGGCCGAUGGGGCCCCUGGUGGCUGGACGAAAACGCUACAGUGCCGCCCUGCUUAAACGGAACCGGGCCGUGCUAUAACGAGUCUGGAUUUGGACCUGGCUUCUGGGGGGGUCCCUGGUGGCUGGACGAAAACGGCACUUCGCCGUGCGGUGGUAACGGGACAGGACCGUGCUUUGACGGUUCUGGACCUUGCAAUAACGGAUCUGGACCUUGCUUUAACGGGACGGGACCGUCCUUUAACAGAUCUGGAUACGGCUUUGGUCGCGGGUUUGGUCACGGGUUUGGUCGCGGGUUUGGUCGCGGGUUUGGUCGCGGGUUUGGGAGAGGUGGGGGAUUCUGCGGGGGUAACGGUGACGGUCCCUGGUGGUGGGACGAGGAUGACGUGGCGGAAUCUAAUGGUGCCACGUGGCCGUGCAUGAACGGGAAUGGCAGUGGUUAUGGCGCUGGUGCUGGUGCUGGUGCUGGUGCUGGUGCUGGUUUUGGGAACGGCUGGGGCCAGGGAUAUGGAAACGGAAACGGAAACGGAAAUGGGUAUGGUAACGGAUACGGUAACGGAUCUGGGAUGGGUCCGUGCGUGAACGGCUCGGAUGGCUCUAUCCCCUGCUGUAACGAAUCUGGGCCGUGCGCUAAUGGGAGCGGUGGUGCCGGUAGCCCGUGGUUCAACAGCAGCUCGGGAGGGUUCGGGUGUGGCGCUGCGGACCCUGCUCUUGGGAACAUCACAGGCCGUGUGAGCGCAUCCCUCGCCACCUGUUCGUCCGAUGCUCCCCUGCUCUCUGGAGGCUCCUUCUUCCUCUCCAUUUUCAAGAACGCCACUGGUCACUUCAACAUCCAUUACAGGGUAACCAUCCGUAACAUCACCUCCACCUCCUCUAUCCCUGAUACAAUCACACUCGUUAAGAGCAGCACUGCCUGCAACAAGUCUGCCCCCACCCUCUUCUCCUUCCCUGUUACCGCUGACGAAUGGGAGCUCGCCAACUCAACAGGUGGUCCCCCCAGGUGGGGUCUCUACACCACGGUUACUGUAGCUCGGCUUUUUGACACCUUGGAGGAUGUUGAUGCUGCUACUAUUGAGGAUAUUCUGGCCGGGGUUCCCAAUGCUACAGUGCCUGAGAACUGGGGGUGGGGUCAGGGGUAUGGGCCUGGAUUCGGUAACGGAAAUGGCAAUGGUAACGGUUAUGGAUACGGGAAUGGGAAUGGGAGGAGGUUCGGAGUGAGUAGUGGCAGUGUGGGGAAGAUGGGGUGGGGGCGUGGGAGGGGAUUGUGGGAAGCAGCAGAUGCUUGGUUCAAGAGCAUAUUUGCAGCCAAGGGAGUGGAGGAGGGGAGUGAGGAGGGGAGUGAGGAAGGUGGUGAUGUGAGCAGCAGCAGCAGCAGCAGUGACAGCAGCAGCAGUAGCAAGUAUGAGAUGAGUAGUGAUGAUAGCAGCAGUGAUGAUAGCAGCAGUGAUGAUAGCAGCAGUGAUGAUAGCAGCAGCAGCGACAGCAGCAGCGACGACAGCAGCAGUGACUACAGCUCUGAUGACGGUAAUGAUGGCAGUGACGAUAACGAGGACAAUGAGGAUAGUGACGAUAACAGCAACAGUGACGACAGCAGCAGUGAUUAUAAUGGUGGCAAUGAUGGCAGUGAUGAUUCCGAGGAUAACGAGGAUAGUGACGAUAACAGCGGCAAUGAUGGGAGUGAUGAUAACAGCAGCAGUGACGACAGCAGCAGCAGUGACGACAGCAGCAGUGACUAUAAUGAUGAUGAUGGUAAUGAUGGCAGUGACGAUAAUGAGGACAAUGAGGACAGUGACGACAACAGUGCCGACGACAAUAGCAGUGAUGAUUACAGCAGCGACAGCAGCAGCAGCGACGACAGCAGCAGCAGCGACGACAGCAGCAGCAGCGACGACAGCAGCAGCAGCGACGACAGCAGCAGCAGCGACGACAGCAGCAGCAGCGACGACAGCAGCAGCAGCGACGACAGCAGCAGCAGCGACGACAGCAGCAGCAGCGACGACAGCAGCAGCAGCGACGACAGCAGCAGCAGCGACGACAGCAGCAGCAGCGACGACAGCAGCAGCAGCGACGACAGCAGCAGCAGCGACGACAGCAGCAGCAGCGACGACAGCAGCAGCAGCGACGGCAGCAGCAGCUUCUACCCGCCUGUCAAGCCAUCUUUCACCGCCCCAUCCACCUCACUCUCUCUCGUGGUUGCCAACAGCGACACUGGGGAGCAGUGGAGCGGUCCCGUGCUGGGAGUGUUCGUCUGGUACGACAACUAGCCACUUGCCUCUAUGUUCCGUUAGAGCGCCUCAAAAUUCUCCCUUCUGGCCUGGACUGAUUGACUUCUAUCUCAUGCCUCGUGGGCUGAUGAGGUAACAACCCUUGCACUCACAACAACGGGUUGUGAGUGCAAGGGUUGGCUCUCUCCUUGGUUGCUGUGAGUGUGGUGAGUGCGUGGCGUUCCUUGCUGGAUUUCUGUGUGCCACUUCCCCCUGGCAACCGGGUCCCAAAGGUGAGGGGUGGUCUUGGUUGUUGGAGGUGUGAUGGUUGGGGUGCUGCGGAUUGAUUGGUUGGUUGCUUGUGGGAGUGAGGUGUGGCUACCCUGCUGGUUUUCUGUUGCUUGCUGGUUUGCUGGGUGGUGUGUUGGUUGGAUGCUCACAUUUGAUUGGCAUGCAGGCAUGUGUCAGCUGCUCUUGGUGCAUGGCCACGCCACCUAUGGUAAUCCACAACAGGUGUGGAAUGGUUGCUGCUAGGUCUAGUACUGCCACACAGCUCUAGCGGCCAUGCAUGCUGUGCACCAUACGUACUUCUAGCAGUUGUCUGUACCUUCAUGCCAAUCAUUUAGUGA